AUGAAGAUCUUCAACAGCAUCACCCGACGUGUCCGCCUCCUGGUCUCGCCAUCGGCCUUUCACCGUACACACUACACGGGCUCUCUACUCUUCAAUCUCGCAUCAUUCAUCCUUCCCGCUCUCUAUGGCACACUGUCUAAGCUAUGGGUCGCGAACAUUGACUCGUCAAUGGUUGUGUUGACCGAUGCGUUUACAUACAUGAACACGGCUUCUGAAGCUGUGAAUGAAGGGUUACCUCGAGCUGCUUGGGUUAUCAUUGGCGAUAAAGCAUCGAGGUCACUGGACAAACGUUUACAGCUGACUCAUACUUUAAUUGCGUUUCAAACAGCCAUUGGUCUACUUCUGAGCAUUAUCUUUCUAGGCGCGGCAUCUUCUUUCUCAAAGAGUUUUGUCCCAGUCGAAGUAAGAGAUGUGAGUCUGACUUAUGUACGAAUCACUUCGUUCACUGUCUUGGCCGGAACAUUGGAGACGGCUGUUUCUACAUCGACAAGAGCUUUGGAUAAACCCGAUAUCCCUUUGGCUAUCAGCACUGUUAAAUUCGCCGUCAACAUCAUCCUCGAUUUCCUUAUCAUCUCUCGCUUUCAUGUUGGUUCCUUCACACCCACUGUCAACAUGCAAGGCACUAUACAGUUGGUCUGCAACCUUGUCGCAGCUAUCGCUGGCCUUGUUUAUUUCUUGUGGUCCAACACAUGGUCUUUUGUCAAGCAUACACCACAUGAUCCCCAAGAGACAAAGCUGCGACCAAGUUUCGACUGUCUCAAGAUUCUUCUCCCACCUGGUUUAAUAUUCUUCACCGAGUCGGCUGUUAGGAAUGCAUUGUAUCUUUGGCUUGUCAGCACCAUCGUUGCCCUCGGCGCUGUGUAUGCUACAGCUUGGGGUGUUUUCAACACCAUCCGCUGGGGAUUAAUCAUGGUACCCGUGCAAGCGUUGGAAGCCACAGCUUUGCAGUUCAUCGGGCAUAACUGGGGAGACUGGAGAAAACGAGUGGACAUCAACACACGAAAGCCUCGCGCUUCACUUAAAGAUUUGCAGGGUAUCGUACAACCAGCGCUUCGGUCCUUGACACUCGCAAUCAUCUUCGAAGUCCCCAUAGCAAUUUUCCUCACUCUCUUCGGCGCCAAGCCCUUUGCGUUAUACAUCAGCGGCUCAGAUGAGGUAGCCGAAGUGACAGCAUACAUGUGGCGGAGUCUGGACUGGUGCUAUGUCUUUUACGCCAUGUCUACACAGCUUGCCGCUAUCCUUGUUGCGACGCGACCGAGAUGGUAUCUUUAUCAGAGUCUCGCGAGCAAUCUGCUUUAUGUGCUUCCAUGGGCUAUUGUAUGUCAGGUGGUUGACUUGAAUAAUGGCAAUGCAUGGUGGUAUUACAAGUUUGUUUUUGGGGGAAGUCUUGUUUUUAGUUUUGGUGAUAUUCUUGUUGUUGACUCACUCUGGGCUUGGAGCUUACAUUAUGGGAAGACCAAGUUGGAGGCCUUUAGAGAGUGA